AUGGAGGGAUUCGGGAUGCUAGCGUCGCCGACGAAGCGAGAACUGAGCGAAAAGGAGCUCGAAGCAGAGUCUGCCCUACUGAUGCUGCUUUCUCGGUCCGACGAUGCAUCGCGGCCCGUGGAAAAUGGGAUGCAUCGAAUUAAUCACUACGGCGAGAGAUCGGCGAGCGGCGGAGAACCGAAUGUGACAUCGACAUCGGCUCCAUCUCUCGAAGAGGAAGUGCGAGGCGGGUACCGUACGGCUGAUGCGCAUUCCACAUCCACAUUUUCAUCCCCGCCUCAACCGACGGCAGCAUCGCUCACCGAGCACCAAGCCCCACGGACAAGGGUAUCCAUCUACAGCCUCCUCAACGAUGACGAUGACGACGAGGUGCGGCCCGCGGCUCGUGGCGGUAACGACACCAGAUUCCUCUUCGCGUCGACACCGGCCUCGUCUUCGUCGCGCUCGACGCCCACUUCGCCCGUCUUGUCGUCGCUGCCGCCGCCCGAGUCGCUGGUCUCGGCGGGGCGUGCGGCCAGAUCGCCGCCGAUGCCGCGCACGUCGUCCGACGUCGAGGUGCGCUCGAGCGGCAGGAGUCGAUCCAAGUCCGCAGGCGGGCGCAAGCUGCUCAGCUCGUCGUCGCCCUCCGUGGCCCAGAAGCCCGCAGGCGGCAGGAAGCGCAAGGCCACAAACAAGAGCGCCACCGCGGCUGCGGCUGCGGGCACCACGUCGACGGCGCCCUCGACCGCCAAGAACGACCGAAGAACCAAGAAGCAGCGGCAGCUCGAGCUGCUCCAGUCCGUCAACAGCGGCCGGAGCGUCGUGCUGAGCGACAGCCUCGGCGCCGAGGACAUCGCCGCGACGCUGGCCUCGUCGCCGCUACUCGCCUUCUCGUCGUCCUUCCUACCGUCCAUGCUCGCCGCCCGGACGCGUGAGCGCACCACCGCGCCGACGGCCGCCGAAGACGAAGAGCAGCCACACCACCCACCAUCGGUGGAGGUGGUCAACGGCGACGACGUCACCGUGCCAAGAGCUGGCGGCAGCAUGUUGCCUCCGGCCCCGCUGGCCUCCUACCUCUCGGCCAUGUCCAGCCCGCUGCCCACGGGCGCCGGGUCGCCGCUCCCGCUCCCGUCGUCCCUAGCCCAGCUGCAGCAGCUCCUGCCGUCGCCGCUCCCGGCGGGCAUCGACCAGCAGCGCGUCAUGCAGCUCAAGUCGCAGCUGAUGCCGCAGCAGGCUCCCUCCUCGCCGACGGGGAGCAGCACCAACACCACGCCCGACGGCGGCGGUAGCGGCGUGUCGAGUCCCGGAGCGAACGUGCAAUCGAUGGCCAAUUACCUCAACCUCAACCUCAACAUCAACUCGCACCACACGAGCCGCUUCGGGGACAAGAAGCGGGAGCGGCGCGACUCGUUCUCCUUCACCUACCCGACACGCAACGGCGACCACCACCAGCAUCAGCAGCAACACCACCAGACCCACCAGCAGGAGUUCCUCCAGCAGCUGCUGCAGCAAAUCCACAAGAAGCAAACCGUCGGGACGCCCACCCUCCCGGACGCGUCGCCGCGCGAGGCUUUCGUCGCCGCUCCGAGCGCGGACUCGUCCGUGGCCGCCGACGUGGGACCCGCAUCGACGCCGCUCUUUCGCUUCUACCAGCGACCGCCGCACACAAUACUGCCCUCGCUCGGCGGCGCGCUGCCGCUGCCGGCCGAAGCGGACGUCACCGUCGCGGAAACGAUCGAUGUGCCGCACACUGAAGUGGUCAGGAGCGAGGAGGAUGCGCCGCUGCAACCGAUGAACGAGCAGCCGCCCGAGGCCGAACAGAUGCACGCCGAAACCGAUGGCGACGAGGUGGCAGUCGAGGUCGAGGUCGAGGUCGAGAGCGAGCCGAUGGACGUCGCGGUUCAGGUCGAGACGGCCCUCGAGAGCGAGAGCGAGAGUGGAAACAACUACGAUAAUCAGGACACCACCAUCAGCAGCGCCAGCAACAGCCAGGAAAGCGCGAUCGGAGCCGAGAGUUCGACGAACGAGAUGCAGACGGACGACUUCGAGGGCGAGCAGCGGCCGCCACCGGUCGAAGUCCUCGAGUGCGGCCCGCAGGAGGGACGCACGGGCAGCAUCGAGAGCCACCAGCCGGCCGACGACAACAACAGCGGCGGCAGCGGCGGCAUCAGCAUCCUCGUCGAAGGCGAGGGCGGCCUCGACGACCCGUCGUCCGGCUUCCAGGGCGUCAUGUCGGCGGACGACGUCUUUGCCGGCCGACGGAAGAAGGCCUCGCCCCAGCAGAUGGCCAUUCUCGAGCAGAUCUGGUCGACCGCGGGAUUCCGCGGCGCGUUCCGCGCGAGCACCGCACUCGACUUCACCUCGUCCUUCCCGUCGCUCUCCUCGGUAUCGGCGUCGUCGCGCAGUCGCUCUUCUUCGGGCUCUGCCGGCGCGUCUCCACAACUCUCCUCCUCGUCGUCGUCGUCCUCCUCAUCUUCAUCUUCGCCGGCUGCCGUCGCCAACGCUCUGUUGUCGUCGUCGCGCCCGAGCCCCGUGCUGGCCUCAUCGUCGCCCACGCUGUCGUUCGCCAUCUCGUCGCCCAACCUGCCCACCUUCCUCGCCUCCUCGUCUCUCGGCCACCCAACGAGGAGCGAUCCGGUCUUCCACGCCGCCGGCCGGGAGGCCCACGACGACGACGAACGCGAAGACGCGGGUGGUCUCACCAUCGAAGAUGACGACGACGAGGAAGAACCCAACGAGCGCGAGGUCGAGGCGCUCGUCAUCGCCUCCGUCCCCUGCACCACCCUCCCGCACCUGCCGCGCUCAUCCGCCAUUCUCCUCCCUUCCUCUUCCUCUUCUACAUAUUCUUCUCCAACCUCAGCGUCAUUGUCGUCCACCUACGACCGGGCAACCAUGGAACGGUCGCAGCCGGGUGGAUCCGCAGAGUCGACAUCAGCGUCGUCUUCAUCUUCUUCUUCAUCUUCGUCUCCACCGGCGGUCAGCGGCGAAGGCGACCAGGCACGACCAGCACCGACGACGGGAAGCGACGCCGACCGAUGCCUGGGCUCCGGGCUGGGCUUUGGCGCGCACGGAUCCUGUGAAAACGGCAGCGUCGGCGCGUAA